GUUACCAGUUAACCAGGGUGCAUGAAUAAUUUGUCGGAUCUGUUUGAUACUCGAUGCCACCCACGCUGAGAGCGGAGCAUAGGCAGACACUCGUGGGCUGAAGUGUUCAGCAAAGCUGCUGUGUCUGACUGCAGCAUCUUCAGUCAUCAAAAAACUGCCUCUGAUUUGCUCCUAAGGAUGGCUUUUGCAGAUAACACCAUGGAUAUCUGGACAAAUUACUUGGGACAAAACUCUCUCCUGCAACCUCUGUGGGACACCCUGAGGCUAAACUACCGGGACUAUGUGAGAUCUCCACUCUUCCCCAUUGUGCUAACCGUGUCUUCGUAUUUCAUCUUCUGCAUUCCUUAUCUUGCUUGUGACAUCAUGGGGAAUAGAUGGCCAUGGGUGCAACAGUUCAAGAUACAACCUAGCCACCGGCCAACAGCCUCUACAUUGCUCCACUCCGCCGGUGUCACCUUGUACAACCAUGUGUUUCUCGUGCUCCCUGCUUCAGUGGCUCAGUGGUUAUGGAGACCACCGGCGGACCUCCCGGACCAGGCUCCCAAACUGCUAGAGCUGAUUGCCGGGGUGAUAGGCAACCUCCUUCUCUUUGACUUCCAGUACUUUAUUUGGCACCUGCUCCAUCAUAGGAUCCGCUGGCUGUACGUCACCUUUCAUGCCAUUCACCACAAGUACUCCUCUCCCUUUGCUCUUGCCACCCAGUGUCUGGGUGGCUGGGAGCUGGUCACAGUGGGUUUUUGGACCACUCUAAAUCCUGUCAUCCUGAAAUCUCAUCUACUCACCACAUGGGCUUUCAUGAUAGUGCACGUGUAUGUUUCGGUGGAGGAUCACUGUGGCUAUGAUUUCCCCUGGUCCACAUCUCGCCUGAUUCCGUUUGGCAUGUACGGAGGACCCAGCAAGCAUGAUGUGCACCAUCAGAAACCCAAUACUAAUUUUGCACCUCACUUCAGUCACUGGGACAGAAUAUUUGGCACACAUGCCGACUUCAGCUUCUGUAAUGCUAUGAAAUAGCAUGCAUUUGACAGCAGUUGUAUUACAGGCUUGUGCUAUAAUAUGGCUGUGCAUGACAUUUUUCUUAUAAAAACACAUAAACAGAUGCAUAAAGUUAGUGAGCUGCUUUAUUGAAAAUGCAUCAAAUUCUUGAGUGUGUUUCAAUAUCCAGUAAGUAUGCUUAUGUAACAAACUCCAAUAAAAGCAUUUGUCACCAA